UUUAGUACUAACUACCAAAUGACUUUAUCGCGCGUAUCCAAACCAUGGGCUAAUUACGUCUGUAACCCAAUCACCCCCCGUAACUCAAUCACCCCGGGCCACCACUCGGCACCGUGCCCGGGGAAUAAUCCCGCGCAAGCAUCAUCCCGCCCUUUGUUAGUCCGUCAUUCGCGAACAGCCCUUCCCCAAGUACACACGUGUGUCACUGUAUCUAAUCGCUUUCGCUUUGUACGUUUCCUUGGUACCCAGUCGCGACCGUUUCGCCGAUUACGCUUUGAAUACCAUCUAUUCCAACACUCGCCGUAUCGCAUUUACACAAUCGCGACCGUUUCGCCGAUUAUGCUUUGAAUACCACCUAAUCCAGCACUCGCCGUAUCGCAUUUAUUCCGUUCUACUCCCGAACUUCACCCUCGGGACAAUUUUACGCUUGUGGAAUACCAACUCACCACCUCGACCUUUCGUGAUGCCUCCCAAGAGAAGAGCAGCCGUCAACCACAAGCUUGUGAGGGGAGCCAAGCAGGCCAGGACAACCAGAAGACAAACCCCGGGAGUACACAUUGUACAGGAGGCAACAGCUGAUGGUGAGUCUGCCAAUUACGGAAAUAUCGAAGGUGGCAACAGAAUUAACGUACAAUCGGCGCAGCUUGUAAAUGCCGCGCAGGCUGCCAACUCGGCUACCCAGGUAAACGAGCAACUGGAAAAAAUACUCCAGUUGCUGGAACAUUCAGGGCCCGGCCCGGUUAGCGCAAACCAACAGGUAAGGCUUGGUUUUAGUUCUCCCGCCAUUUCGCCCAACAUAGGGAGAAUCCCCGAUGCUUACAACGAGGCCGACGGUGACGCGGCUUGGCCAGCCAAUCACAUCGCAGGAUACGGGGAUUCCCUUUCCUUCCGUGCGGACGGAAUAGACGCGCACGUCAAACAAACGGUGAGGGAAAAAAAUCUGGCGUGGCGAGUAUGUCGACCUCGGCACAAUCCUACCAAACACCGAGGGAAGUCACGAGGACGGUACGAUUACCAUGGCGUACGACUCCUCAGUAGGCACUCCGAGGUCCGCACAACCCAGGGGUUGCUGUCCUACAUGGAAACCAUAAGAACGGCGGCACUUCGAUUCGGGGGGGAUGCCUGGUCAACCUACGACCAACAAUUCCGACACAGAAUGUCAAGGGACCCCUCACGACGCUGGGACAACAUCGACGGGGAGUUGUGGCUAAAGUACAUGGUAACACAGCCGGUACUACAACAAGAAUCAGGCGGACGGGGCGCAAUGACACGCGUACAGGGGGACAUCGCCAGUCAGGUAUGCUGGGAUUUCAAAAAAUUUGGCUGUAGCAGGGUCAACUGUAAGUACACUCACAAAUGCGGUAAGUGUGGCAAACAUUCCCAUAGCUCUAGGACCUGCUUUCGAGGGAAUGGGGUCCAACCAGCCUUUUGCCUAACAGAAAACCAGCCGUCAAGGCAGGUAAAUUCAAUGGCCCCUUCCCCCGUGGAUCUCAAUGAAAUGGCACCCUGGUUACGCCAAUAUGCUAGGGUCAAUUACAGAGAUGCAAAUUAUUUAUGGGUAGGUUUUAGCUCUGGCUUUAAGCUCGAGUUCCAGGGAAGCCGCACGGGUCGCCUGGCACGAAACUUGCGAUCAGCCACGCACCAAGACACGGCAGGCUACGUGAAACAAAAACUACAAAAGGAAGUCGACCUUGGCAGGAUGGCGGGCCCCUUCAAGGACACCCCCCCUAGACAACCUCCAAGUAUCCCCAAUAGGCCUGGUGCCCAAGAAGCAGCCAGGAUAUGGUCAGCACCUGGGUAA